AUGAAUGGCUCCAAUGUGCCUAACAUUGCAUACAUCGCUCCGUAUACAUUACCAUCCAGCAAUAACUCGAAGUUGAUAUCAUUACUUUCUAAUCCAAAAAAACUAUUGUCGACUGAGCAAGAACCACUGAAUGAGUCGUUACCUUUGAACUUCGUUAUUCCCACCACAAGUCAAUUUGAUGCAUCAAGUAUAGUGGAAUUGAACAAUACGAGAAUUCUCAGUCAAUCUUCUGAACAGCUGAUUAACAACCAACAAACAUCGAGUACAUCCGCUGAAACUGUUGAUGAAAAUGAUGAUCCAAAAUUAUUGAUUGAAAUUGACACCAUCAAGCCAACCAAUUUGCAACAGCAGCUAUCGACUAUUGUGUUGAACAACUUUCCGAACUUGAAGAAUAACGUUGUUGAACAGGUGCUUACGAGCAUGAUAAAUUUAAGUGUUGAUAAAUCUACAGACCUUCAUCGCUCGUUUCACUGGUCCCAAAUCAACUUUGAAUUCACUGAUCUGAAAGUUAUCCUCAUCAAGUUCGAUAAAGUUGAGGAUUCAAAGUGGUUCAUUGAGACGUACAACAGAAUAGACACACUACUCCCCAAAGUCGAAAUGAUCUAUAGUCACCUUGUUCAAGAUAGACUAGCCGAAGUACCGUCGCAUCCAAGCACAACCCCGGAAUCGUUGAAGACUAAAUUGAAAUUGAUUCUUUGCUCUUCAAAGAACUAUGCCAAGCCAAAGCUACUGGGCUUGGAGGAGCUUGACCAGGUCAUGAAAUCUUAUUCUGAUUACAAAGUCGAUUACAAUGAUUUGGUUGAUGUCCCAAACGAAAUGAAGGACGGUAUAAUUAAGGAUAUAUUCAAGUUUCGUAGCAAAAUGCUACUUAUCGAAAAGGAAAACCGACAAAAGCAAAUUGAACAGGAAAGACUAGAGACAAAGAGCAAGUUGAAUAAGUUGUUUAGAGGUAUUGAGAGAACAGAAGAAGAGAAAAAGGUACAAGAGAGGCAGCAGUCGUCUAAUGAAGGGGUUGCAAAGGAAGAGGUGGUGGUUAUACCCGACCAAUAUGAGCAUUUGAACGAUGAAGAGUAUACAAAGAUGAUUCGUGAAAAGGAAACAGAGAAACAUAAUCAAGAAUAUCAAACUCGAUUGACAAAUUUCGCUAAACGCACGAGUGAAAAAUCAAAGUUGGAGUCUAUGCUAGAAAAGUUACACAAUUAUGAAGUUAACUUGAUUGAUAACAAGCUGAGUCUGAUAGACAAGUUGAGGAACUAUGAAAAGUUGGAUAUCACUACAAUGUACACUUAUCGCUAUAAUGACUACUUGAAACAGCGCAACGCAAAGAGAUCUUUGGAGAACAAAUUGGAUGACGAAGAUGCGGCGGCUGAAGAAAAGGAGCACGAGGAGGAGGUAGCCAGCAUUGAGCCAGACAUUCCACCAGUCAAGAAACAGAAGGUUCAAACAAACACUAAACUGAGGUUGGAUUUGCCAGAUGUCGAAUCUAUGAGUGAAGAGGUAAAGAGCAGUAUUCAUGAGAAAAUUAGUAACUUGGUGGAAGAAUAUCUUGGAGUUCAAGACGAAUUCCUUAUUGAUGUGAUCAAACAACACAUUGAAGCAAGCGGUUUCAAGGGCAAAGCAGCAUUGGUGCAAGACAUUUUUGAGGUGUUGGAUGAAGAUGCUGAGAACUUGGUCAAUGAUUUGUACCAGUAUGUAGAGUCAAUAGCGAGUACUUAA